AUGGCGCCACCCACAGAGAUACCAGAUGGGUUUUUUGAGAUCAUUCCUCUUGACGGAAAAGACCAAAUCGAGCCCCUGGAUAUCAUACGCUCACUUGUCUUUUUUUCUGUUGGCUCCCCUCUUGACGAUGGCAAGAUGCGUGAUGCCCUUGACCAACUCAUCAAAAAACAUCUACCUAUACUUGGCGCUCGGAUCAAAUCAACAGGCAAGGUGAACAAACUUGCCUACCAUUGUCCAACUCGGUUUCCAGACGACUAUAUACUCUUUGAAUGGACCAGUGCCUGUGUCGACUCCAAUUUGGACGACGCCCAGCUUCUACCCGAGAAACCCGCCGGCAGUGCUGCCCCAUUCUUUGGCCCAUGUAAUAUCCCUGAACUCGAACUCAAAUGGACGCCGAAAGAUUGGCCUCGGGAUCGAAGAGAUCCCAACACGCCUCUUCUUCUGGUUCACAACACAUAUUAUCGCGAUGCGACCGUCGUGGCAUUGAGCAUACCGCAUUGUGUUUCAGACCAGAUGGGAAUCGCCAGCCUGGUCAAGGCCUGGCUACAAGUCAUGCAAGGCCUUGAGCCUGAUACAUUCAUUGAACUGAGUUCAAAAGAUCUCAUUGGGAAAAACAAACCCUCCCCGCAAGAGCUACCACCAGGCAAUCGCCAACGAAUUAUGACAGGCCUAGAGAAAAAUACGAGCUUGGUGUGUCCUAUUUCUGAGCUGAUUCGUCAUCCCAAAGAAAUGCGACGACUGUUGGUCUUACCAGAAUCCCUAAUCCACAAUUUGCGAAAAAGGAUUUCACAUGAUUUAAAGGCUAAAUACGGGGAAGAUUCACAGUCUCCGAGCAACGGAGAUGUUGUAAUUGCUAUUGCCACCAAGCUCUCUCACUACGGUCGCAAAUCCAAAAAAGAAAUCAUUCUAACAGGGGCUAUCAAUGGGCGAGGCCGGUUGGCUUUUCUACCACUAGGACAGCCCUACCUGCACAACUGUAUUGGCUUCUCUUAUGCUAGGGUUGCGGCAAGUCGCGAUACGCCUAUCGCGGAAAUCGCCUACCGGCAUUGCCUCGCUGUGAAAGAGGGGAUCCAGGAGCAAUCUAUUCAACAUGAUAUUUCCGUUAUCGAGGAACUGUCUCGAAGAAGACUUACUUUGAGUCUCACUGAGCCAUAUCGACACUUUUAUACUACAUCGAACUGGAGUUCUGCAUGGCAUGGUAUUGAUUUUGGACCGGCCAGGAAAAUUGAUCCGGGAUCAGAUUCUCAAAUCGCAGUCAAUCUAUUUCCGCGCGUGAUCGGACAUUCUCUCGUUCGGGGUUUUCCAACGAGGUUUAUCUGCAAGGUUAUGUCCAAGGCAGAUGGUGGGUAUUGGUGUGACUUUACUACCAGUUCCAAGAGAAUGAGGUUGGUUGAGAAGCUGUUCAAGCUGGAUCCACAACUCUCGACAUUAUAA